CUUCAUUCUUCGUCUUUUUCAUUGUAAAUUUUGAUGUUAUCUUCAUUAAAUCUGAGAAAUUGUGUCCAAAUUCCUUUAAUUUUAAUUUUCUUACACUUGUGCGGAUGCGGUGAGGUCGGCUUAGAUCGGAGGAAAAGUUCAAAAUUUAUUUCUUAGUUGAGUUGAUUGCAUUUUCGCCACAGUUAGCCACAGUUGGCAUAUAGAAAGCGAACGUUGAAAACUAAAGAACCAAAGCUCUUCAAUUUCAGAGAGAGACGGAACACUUGCUCAGCCCCAUACAUAGGAGAAAAAGUUCAACUUCAAAGCAUUAAAAACAUCGUAGAUUCUUACGUCUCAGAAUACCACUCUCAACUCACAGUUUAAACUCGCGCGUCAAAAUGGCGACUUUGGAGGAUUCGCUGGUGAAUUCCAAGCUCUCUCCGCCGAAUACAUAUGGAGCCGUGGUUCUUGGCGGCACCUUUGACCGAUUACACGAUGGCCAUCGCCUUUUUCUCAAGGCAGCGGCGGAGCUGGCAAGGGAUCGAAUUGUGGUUGGACUAUGCGACGGACCCAUGUUGACCAAAAAACAGUUUGCUGAUUUGAUACAACCCAUUGAGGAAAGGAGGCAUAAUGUUGAAAAUUACAUCAAGUCUAUCAAGCAGGGGCUGGCAGUGCAAGUUGAACCUAUUACGGAUCCCUAUGGCCCCUCAAUAGUUGAUGAAAAUUUGGAGGCAAUUGUUGUCAGCAAGGAGACUUUGCCCGGUGGACUAUCUGUUAAUAAGAAGAGAGCGGACAGAGGCCUUUCACAACUUAAGAUUGAAGUUGUAGAUCUAGUUUCUGAAGCAUCUAGUGGAGAUAAGCUUAGUUCAACAACAUUAAGGAGCCUUGAAGUGGAGAAGGUGAAGAAUCAACAGCCGGUGUAAACCUAGCCCUUACUUCUGAAAAAUGUUUCUGGAAACUAUGCAAGUGUAAUGUGUGGGUAUUGCAAAUUCUUUGAAAAGAUGAAUGAUUUGAUGACUAAAUCGUUCUUAAAUUAUGUGGAACUGAAGAAACAGGCACAGAAGGACCUCGAAGCCGAUCUUGAUGUUGAAGCAGGCCAAGGCCAACUCAACCCGUCAGACCAAGAAAACCUCUCUCUGUUUUUCCAAGAAGUCACACCAAUCAAGAGCGAUAUGGAAGAGAUCACCAAUCUCUUGUAUGAUCUUCAGAGCCUGAAUGAAGAGGCAAAGUCCACCCACAGUGCCAAGAUCCUUCGCGGGCUUAGAGACCGGAUGGAAUCUGAUAUGGUGGCAGUGCUUCGAAAGGCGAGGAUUGUCAAGGCAAGGCUUGAAGCGCUUGAUAAGUCCAAUGUGAUCAGUAGAAAAAUUUCGGAUGCGUAUAAGGAAGGAAGCACUGUUGACCGGACCAGAAUGUCCACCACUUGUGGCUUGAGAGUCAAGCUUAGGGACAUGAUGGACAAUUUCCAAUCUUUGAGAGAAAAGAUUGUUGCAGAUCACAAGGAAGAUCUCAAGAGGAGGUACUAUAGUGCAAUCGGUGAGUUGCCGUCUGAUGAGAUGAUCGAAAAGAUGAUUUCUGGAAGUUUGAAAGUUGAAUUGUUUGAGGGGAAGACAGAAUUGGAUAUGGGGAACAAAGUUAGACAUGAGGCAGUCAUGGAUAUCCAGAGAAGCCUGAACAAGCUUCAUCAGGUGUUUCUUGACAUGGCUGUUCUGGUUGAGGCACAAGGUGAAGACAUUGACAAUAUUGAAGAGAAUGUGGCCAAUGCAAGUUAUUUUAUCAAUGGAGGGACAAACAGCCUUUACUAUGCCAGCCAGAUGAAGAAGAAGAGUAAGAAAUGGGUUUAUUGGGUUUGGGCUGUGGUUCUGAUUAUACUUCUGGUUUGUGUCAUUUCUACACUGGCUUCUUGAACAGAAAAGAGUCAGAAUUUUUUAUGUGGUCUAAAAACUGAAGUGGAUGACAGUGUUGAGGGGUUUUAGGGGUCUCUGAAUAUUCCUGAGCUUUCUGAGCUCAUAGAGUAGUUUAUCUACCGCUUUAUUGGCUGUUGCUUGUUGGUUGAGAAGAGUACUUCUCUUUAUACAUUUUGAGGUUCUGUUAAUCG